AUGUCGUCCUGGCUCGGGGGCCUCGGCUCCGGCUUGGGCCAGUCUCUGGGUCAAGUAGGGGGCAGCCUGGCUUCCCUCACUGGCCAGAUCUCUAACUUCACGAAGGAUAUGCUGAUGGAGGGCACGGAGGAUGUGCCAGCAGAUUUGCCCAAUUCCGGGAGAGAGGAAAAUGAAGCUACUCAUUCAGUCUUAAGAUCAGAGAAUGAAAGACUUAAAAAACUUUACACUGAUCUAGAGGAAAAGCAUGAGGCAUCAGAACUUCAAAUAAAGCAGCAAUCUUCGAGUUACAGAAAUCAGUUACAGCAGAAAGAGGAAGAGAUCAACCACCUUAAAGCAAGGCAAACCGCACUACAGGAUGAACUGCUCAGACUGCAGUCAGCUGCUCAGUCAGCCCACUCGGGAUCUGGCAGCGCACCUGCAGCCAGUGCGCCAUCUUCAUUCAGCUAUGGGGUCAGUCAUCAGAGGUCAGCCUUUCAUGAAGACGACAUGGACUUUGGUGAUGUGAUCUCAUCACAACAAGAAAUAAACAGAUUAUCAAAUGAAGUUUUAAGACUUGAAUCUGAACUUGGACAUUGGCGACAUAUUGCUCAGGUGCAGGGAGCACAAAGCUCUGAUCAAACUGAAAUCUGCAAACUACAAAAUAUUAUUAAGGAACUUAAACAGAGCAGAAGUCAGGAAAUUGAUGACCAUCACCAUGAAAUGUCGGUACUGCAGAAUGCUCAUCAACAGAGACUAACAGAGAUAAGUCGUCGGCAUCGAGAGGAGUUACGUGACUAUGAAGAUCGAAUUGAAGAACUGGAAAAUCAGUUACUGCAAGGUGACUCAAGAGUUACGGUUACUGAUCACUCAAAAGUAUAUGAGUUGCAAAACACUAUUCAGAUCUUACAAAUGGAAAAAGUAGAAUCUACCAAAAAAAUCGAAGACCUGGAGAAUAAAAUAAAAGAGAUACAUAAAAGAUUGUCUUCUGCAGAACAUGACCAAGAAGUCUGGAAAAAAGAACAAGAACGGCUGGAAGUGGAAAAGAGUCGGAUGACAGAGCAGUGCGAGCCUGUGAAGCUGGAACACAGUGAAGCCCAGCAGAGUGCUCCGAGGCAGAGUGAUGCUGUGUCGGAGGAGGAGACGGUCCUCCCACACAGCGCCUCAGUCGCAGAGGUCCUGAGAUUACAGCAGGCUCUGACUGAUGCUGAAAAUGAAAUAAUGAGACUAAGUAGUGUAAACAAGGAUACUAAUCUUGCUGAAGACAAUCAGAAACUUCAAAUGUGUGUCCAAACGUUAGAAAAAGAGAAGUCUUUAUUGAGUCAAGAAAAGGAAGAACUUCAGAUAUCACUUUCCAAACUGAGCAGUGAAUAUGAAGCCAUUAAAAGUACAGCUACAAGGGACUUAGAUUUGUUUUCUCAAGUACAUGACUUAAAACAUAACCUGGAGGCAAAAGAGCAAGAACUGAACCAGAGUAUUCAUGAAAAUGAAAUACUUAUGGCCGAAUUAGAAGAACUGGACAAGCAGAACCAAGAGGCGACAAAGCAUGUGAUUUUGAUAAAAGAUGAGCUAUCAAAACAACAAAGUGAAGGAGAUAGUGUCAUCAAGAAACUGAGAGAGGAGCUGGAUGAUGAAAAGCAGAGAACCCAUCGACUUGAGGAUGAUAAAAUGAACAUUAUCAAAGAGUUAAACGCACAGAAAGAAAAGCUAACUCACAGUGAACAGGUCCUAAGUGAUUUACAGUUAGCCAAACAGAAGCUUGAAGAUCAAGUAGAAGAUUUAGUAGAUCAGCUAAGUAAAUCAGAGAAAAAUAAUUUUGACAUUCAGAAGGAGAACCAUGAACUGAGGGAACACAUCAGACAAAAUGAAGAGGAGCUGUCCACAGUCAGGAGUGAGUUAACUCAGUCCCAAACCCAAGGCUCCGGUUGGAACUUGAAGGACGAUUUACUUAAAGAAAGGGAAACUGAAGUUCGAAACUUAAAGCAAAAUCUUUCAGAAAUAGAACAGCUCAAUGAACAUUUAAAGCAAGUUGCUUUUGAUCUCAGAACAGAAAAUGAAAAGUUGGUUGUAGCAUGUGAAGAUGUAAGAAAUCAGUUGGAAGCAUCUGUUGCUGGCAACAACCAGAUUUCUCUGGAAAAAACUGCUCUGCUGGAAUGGGAAAAGGCCCAGCUAGAAACAGAGCUGUGUCGAGCUGAAAAGAGGCUGUUGGAAGAAGAGAGGAGGCACAAGCAGACUGUCGAGGAACUGUCCAGUGCACACAGCCCGGAUGCCUCUGCCGUGCAGCUGGAGCAGGAACGCUUAAUUCAGCUCAAUCAGGAAAAAGACUUUGAGAUAGCAGACCUCAAAAGAAGUAUUGAGCGAAUGGACACUGAUCAUCAACAAACCAGGGAGGCUUUGUCAUCUAGUUUAGAAGAGCAGAAACAAUUGACACAACUUAUAAAUGAGAAAGAAGAUUGUAUUGUGAAACUUAAAGAAAGAAGUUCAGAACUGCAGAAGGAAUUAGACACAUGUGCUCAGACCCUAAGGAGAGAUGAGACUUUACGGCAGACCAUAGAAGAAAAGGAUAGAAGUCUGAGCUCCAUGAAGGAAGAGAACAAUCACCUGCAGGAGGAGCUGGAGCGGCUGCGUGAGCAGCAGAGCCGGGCAGCGCCCGCGCCUGAGCCUAGGGCCCGUGGCAGCACCACAGAGCUGGAGUCCGAGCUGUCUCAGCUGCACACUAUCAAGGACCAUCUGGAAGAAGAAAUUAAACAUCACCAGAAGAUGAUUGACGAUCAAAACGAGAAUAAGAUGCAACUACUCCAGUCUCUACAGGAGCAGAAGAAAGAAAUGGAUGAGUUUAGACACCAGCAUGAACAAAUGAGUAUCACACAUGCACGGCUCUUUUUAGAAAAAGAUGAGGAAAUUAAAAACUUGCAAAAAACAAUUGAACAAAUAAAAGCCCAGUUGCAUGAAGAAAGGCAGGACAGUCAAACGGAGAAUUCUGAUAUUUUUCAAGAAACAAAAGUUCAGAGCCUUAAUAUGGAAAAUGGAAGUGAAAAACAUGAUCUAUCUAAAGCUGAAACGGAAAGAUUGGUCAAGGGGAUAAAGGAGAGGGAGCUAGAGAUUAAGCUUCUGAAUGAAAAGAAUAUCUCUUUAACUAAACAGAUUGAUCAGCUGUCCAAAGAUGAGGUCGGCAAGCUCACUGAGAUUAUCCAGCAGAAAGACUUGGAGAUCCAGGCGCUUCAUGCCAGGGUCUCCUCGGCCUCCUGCUCGCAGGACGUUGUGUGCCUUCAGCAGCAGCUGCAUGCAUAUGCUAUGGAAAGAGAGAAAGUAAUGGUUGUUUUGAAUGAGAAGACGAGGGAAAAUAGCCAGCUAAAAACAGAAUAUCAUAGGAUGAUGGAUAUUAUUAGUGCCAAAGAAGCAGCCCUUAUUAAGUUGCAAGAUGAGAAUAAAAAAAUGUCCACUAGAUUUGAAAGUAGUGGUCAAGAUAUGUUUAAAGAAACUAUUCAGAAUUUAUCCCGGAUCAUUCGAGAAAAGGACAUUGAGAUAGAUGCCCUGAGUCAGAAGUGCCAGACCCUGCUGACAGUCUUGCAGACUUCUGGCACGGGCAGUGAGGCUGGAGGGGUGAACAGUAACCAGUUUGAGGAGCUCUUACAAGAGCGGGAUAAACUGAAGCAGCAGGUGAAGAAGAUGGAGGAGUGGAAACGGCAGGUGAUGACCACCGUCCAGAACAUGCAGCACGAGUCCGCCCAGCUCCAGGAAGAGCUGCACCAACUUCAGGCACAAGUUUCGGUUGACAGUGACAACAAUUCUAAACUGCAAGUGGACUACACAGGCCUGAUCCAAAGUUAUGAGCAGAAUGAAACCAAACUUAAGAACUUUGGGCAGGAAUUGGCACACGUCCAGCAUAGCAUAGGGCAGCUUUGUAAUACCAAGGACCUUCUUUUAGGAAAACUUGAUAUUAUGUCACCCCAGCUCUCCUCUGGCUCAUCACUUACCUCUCAGGCAGCAGAGCCUCUUAGAGCAAGCCAGUCUUCUGGGCCACAUGAGUCUUCUCAGUUGCUUCAACAAGAAGUAGACGAUCUGAGAAAAUCACUGCAGGAAAAAGAUGCCAUGAUUAGAACGCUCCAGGAAAACAACCACAGGCUGUCUGACUCCGUUGCUGCUUCCUCGGAGGUAGAAAGAAAAGAACAUGAGCAAACAGAUUCAGAAAUUAAGCAGUUAAAGGAGAAACAAGAGGUUUUACAAAACUUACUUAAGGAAAAAGACCUCUUAAUCAAAGCCAAAAGUGACCAAUUACAUUCUUCAAAUGAAAACUUCGCUAACAAAGUGAAUGAAAACGAGCUUUUGAGGCAGGCAGUGACAAAUUUGAAGGAGAGAAUAUUGAUUUUAGAAAUGGACAUUUCUAGAUUAAAAGGGGAAAAUGAAAAAAUAAUAGAAGCAUCCAAGGGGAAGGAAACAGAAUACCAGGCGUUACAAGAGACCAACAUGAAGUUUUCUAUGAUGCUACGAGAAAAAGAGUUUGAAUGCCAUUCGAUGAGAGAGAAGGCGCUUGCUUUUGAGCAACUACUGAAAGAAAAAGAGCAGGGCAAGGCUGGGGAGCUAAAUCAACUUUUAAAUGCAGUUAAAUCAAUGCAGGAGAAGACAGUUACGUUUCAACAGGAAAGAGACCAAGUUAUGUUGGCCCUGAAACAGAAGCAAAUGGAGAACAGUACCCUGCAGAAUGAGGUUCAACGCUUACGGGACAAAGAAUCCCGGCUAAACCAGGAGCUACAGAGAUUGCGAGACCACCUCUUAGAGUCAGAAGACUCCCAUACCCGGGAGGCUUUGGCUGCAGAAGACAGAGAGGCUAAACUGAGGAAGAAGGUCUCAGUGUUGGAGGAAAAGCUAGUUUCAUCCUCUAAUGCAAUGGAAAAUGCAAGUCAUCAAGCCAGUGUGCAGGUAGAGUCUUUGCAGGAACAGCUGAACAUGGUGUCCAAGCAGCGAGAUGACACUGCACUACAGCUCUCCGUCUCUCAGGAGCAAGUGAAACAGUAUGCCCUGUCACUAGCCAACCUGCAGAUGGUUCUCGAGCACUUCCAGCAAGAGGAAAAAGCUAUGUAUUCUGCUGAAUUAGAAAAGCAAAACCACCUUCUAGCUGAAUGGAAGAAAAAGGCAGAGACUCUGGAAGGAAAAGUGUUCUCGCUGCAGGAACGUUUGGAUGAAGCAAAUGCUGCACUGGAUUCAGCGUCAAGACUUACAGAACAGUUAGAUUUAAAAGAAGAACAAAUUGAAGAACUUAAAAAGCAAAAUGAGCUCCACCAGGAGAUGCUGGACGACGCGCAGAAGAAGCUGAUGAACUUGGUGAACAGUACAGAAGGAAAAGUGGACAAAGUCCUCAUGAGAAACCUCUUCAUUGGUCACUUCCACACACCUAAAAACCAGCGUCAUGAAGUGCUGCGACUCAUGGGGAGCAUCUUGGGCGUCAAAAGGGAGGACAUGGAGCAGCUGUUUGCGGAAGAUCAAGGAGGUGUUACUCGGUGGAUGGCUGGAUGGCUAGGAGGGGGAUCGAAAAGUGUGCCCAACACGCCUUUGAGACCAAAUCAGCAGUCUGUGUUCAAUAGUUCUUUUUCAGAACUCUUUGUUAAAUUUCUGGAAACAGAAUCUCAUCCAUCUGCCCCGCCCCCAAAGCUGUCAGUUCAUGACCUGAAGCCUCUAGAUUCUCCAGGAAGAAGGAAAGUUGACCCAGGCAUACCUGAGAGCUUUAGAGAUACAGCAGAAUCCAGGGCAGGAAGAAGAGCAGAUGUGAAUCCAUUCUUGGCCCCCCGCUCAGCAGCCGUGCCCCUGAUUAGCCCAGCUGGACCUGGACCUGGUGGGCCUGGGCAUCUUCUUCUGAAGCCCAUCUCAGAUGUCCUGCCCACGUUUACACCGUUGCCAGUGUCACCUGACAGCAGUGCAGGGGCUGUUCUGAAAGGCCUUCUAAAGCAGUAGGUGGCUCCACGGCGGGGCAGGUAGCACUUUAAGGGACCCAAGAACACUGUAUGUGUGUGAGCUUAUCACAAAGUGGCCUUCUGGAAAGAGUCAUGUAUUUGUUUGUAGUUGUAAUUUCUCUGUUAAUAAAAAUAUUCUUAAUGCUUUUAGAAAUUGCAGGUGUCAGAAGACCAAGUAUCUGAUAUAUAAUCUGCUUUUUUUCACUUUAUGAUGUUACUUAAUUUAAAACUAGAAACAUUUGGUUUCCUUUUUAAUUUAUAAAACUCUAAAGGAGAGACAAGAAUAGUAAACUGUAUGUCUACUUUUAUCUCCCCAAAUCUUCCAGCUCAUUUAAUAUAUGAGCAUGUGGUUCGUCUUUAAAGAUAAGGAAUUCACCUGCCCUCCCAACCCCCCAACAAUGCCCAAUAAAGGUUUCUCUACAUGGAGUAGAAAAUGCUCUACAGAGCACAGAGAACAAAACUGGUCAGGGGAGGUUAUCGGUGCCCUGAGGCAAAGCAGGUAUUUGGUUCUAUGCAAUUUCAUCGUUUGUAUAGAUUUGUCUGACCGUCGCAGUCAGGAUCCAACUCUUCAUCAGAAGGAUCCUUGAGCUGCCUUUUUCUAACCGUUGCUGCCUCCUCUAAUCCCUGACAACCACUAACUGUCACCCUCUAUAAUUUUGUUAUUCUGUAAAUGCUGUUUAAAUGAAAUCAUAUGUUAUGUAACCUCUUGAAAUGGGUGUUUUUCACUUAACAUAAUUCCCUUGAGAUCCAUCCAAGUUGUUUCAUGGGUCAGUAGUUUGUUUCUUUUUAUUGUGGAGUACAUGCUGUGAGUAAUUUACUAAAUGGGAUCAUUUCGUUUCAAGAGCUGAACUGUCUUUUUAAAGUAUCACCUAAAACUACAGGUUUCCAGCUAGGCCUGCUGGCUCAUAUUAAUCCUAGCACUUGAGAGAGAGAAGCAAGAGGAUUGCUCAGGAUUUGGGGCCAGCCUGGUAUACAGAGUGAGUUUCAGGUUAGCCAGAGCAACAGCCUUAGUGAGCUCCUUCCUCAAACACACACACACCAAAAUAACCCAACAGUCAGAGAUCAUAUUGCACAAAUGCACAAAUACAUGUAACUUUCAUGGAAGGUUACACUUUAUGUAUGGCUGCAUCCGCGUAGACCUUAGACCACUGUUAGCAAUAUCCCAAGACCUAUUACCUCUUGCCUCUGUGUGAGCUCUGCCUGCGUGGGGCGCAGCACUCUGUGCUCAUUAGAGUGGUCAUUUCAGUGCACUGACACCAGGUGUUUGGACUUCAAGGAUUUCUGAACCUUUUUACAAAGCCGUUACGAAAGAAAAAAUCCUGAUUCCACACCUUCAUUGUAUCAGGAUGUUCAUAUUUGUAUUAAUUGUUGACGUUGUACAUUUAAAAGUGAUUUCUUGCAUAUUUUGUAAAUUCAGAUAAGCCUUUAAAACAGAAAAGCCUCUAUAGCAGGGAAAGGUGGAAAUGAGACUCAGUUGGAAGUGUCGGCGGUCUUGGCCUGGCGGUGCUAACUUGGGUUGUUUGUAAAUUUACCUGUGGUAAACUGUAUAUUUCCUAUGUGCUUGGAAGUCUGGAGGUUUUAACAAUGUGUUGAUGGUUAAAAUAUCUUUUUCUGAAAAAUUAAGUAACUGAGAUAAUGCUGCUUUCUGAUGUCACCUGUGUCCUUAACUAACUUAUCCUAAUUUCUCCGCUGUGCAUUAGACAGAGCAGCCUGCAGAGUCCAUAGAAAUGCUAAGGGCUGCAAACAGUUUGCCGACGUUACAGAUGUCCCUCAGCUUACGGUGGGCUCCCAGCCGGUCACCCACCGUAACAGAAAACAUCGUGAAUGCAGCACGUUUGCUGUACUCCAGUGUCAGUCAGCCCCACAGGGCCCCACAGCUGAGCACGACCCACCGCUCUGCUCCCACUGCUGCCCAGCAUUGAGAAAAGAAAAACUCUAAAUCUGAAGCAUGAUUUCAGUUUAGCGUGUAUCGUUUUGGCCAACUCCAAAAUAGGAACAGUUAAGCCAUUGUAAGUUGAGGGUCUGCUGAUACAGGUUUUCAUAUGUUUCUUAAAAAGAUAUUCUCUCUCAUUAGCCUGGACCAUGUACUGCCUGUCAGGAAAUUUUAAAUUCUGAAUAAAGUAGCCAAAAGACUAGUUUUUACACUAAGAAGAAAAUGGAAGAUGUAAACCGUUUUCUUUUAAAGAAGAGAGGUACGCGGUGGAUAUUUAAGCAAUGUGUUUUAUAUUUAAAUAACUUUUAUGACAUUUGACGUUUCUUGACUAAAACAACCUUCCCUCCCUCACCAUUUCAUAUAACCUAAGUUUGAAGGCUGCUGUGGGGGUGGCGUGUGGUGUGGUGUGGUGGGGGUUCUACAUCCAGGCAUCAAAGAACCCUGUCUGAUGUGGCUGCCAUUGAAGUAUACGACCUUGUCUGAAAGCUGCAGUACCUAAUAUCUCUGCUGUGUGCAAUCUAAACGUGCAUUGAUCUAAACCAGACAUAACCCAUCAGCUUUUCUGAAACUAAGUUGUGUCAGAGAUGAACCAUCUGCUCAAGGGAACUUCUCAGAGAGAGCAAGAAGCACACUCACUAAGUGACUCCAAAAGACGCUGCUAGAGGCCCCCUGGCAGUUCCAUGUGACUGCAGAAGUCUGUCUGCUCUUGAGAUCUGCAACCACUUGGUGGAAUUUGUGGUUGAAUUUUGCAUCAGAAGCCACAGACUGCAGUGUUGUAACUGCUGUGAGUGGGCUGUUGAUGUCUUUCUGCACUUAGAAUUUGUAGUUGAAUUUUGCAUUGGAAGCCACAGUUCUUCACAACAUUCCUAAUGGUUUUCAAGUACAAUGAAAUACACUAUCAGGAAUUCACCCUGCCGUUAGUGUUGACUGAAUGUAAUCACCGGCAUGUGUGCUGUUGAGUUUUACCUCCUAAUAUUCUUGUUUGUUUUUAAAAAAAAAGGGGGGGGGGAAGACCAAAGCAUAUAGUCAAAAACAGAUGGCAUGCAGCUAGCCAACUAAACAUCAACUGUCACCCCAAAAGCCUUUAGUUCCUUUAAUCAUCCCAAGGAUUCAAGAGUAUUAAAGUGCUUACUCAAAGUCAGCUAUGGGGAGGGAGGCAGGACUGGCACAGGUGAAGAUGAAAACCAAUUGAACUGGGUUUUUUAAAUUAAAGAAAUUUUCAUAUAUCAAAGCAUUUAAAGCAUCUUCUAUCAACAAAUAUUUCUCAUCUGUAAAUAUCGGUUAGGUAAUAUUUAUUUUAUAUAUUCCUAUGGGAAAAUGAUCAUUGUAAUAUUGACAUUUGUGAUGAUUUGCCAGUCUUUACAUCUUAACUUAUUAUGAUUUAAUCACCUAAAAUUGAUACAUUGUCUUGAUUUAUAGGAAGGUAUCUAAAUGUGAGAAAUUUCCAACUGUACCAUAAGAUUCUGUUGUGUUUUAUAUAGAGCUAAAGCCAAUGCACUCUUGAAUUUCUCAGGAGCAUUGCAAGGCAAAAAAAUCCCUUCCAAAUAAAAACGAUAUAAAUUGUCUGUGUCUUCGUCCACAAUAAAACCACCUGGAAACAGC